AUGUUCCCUCUCCGGGAGGAAGUAGGGCUGCUCGCGACAAUCGCUGACGACAAGCGCCGAGUGGGGACAAUCACGGUAAUGGCCAAUGGAAGCUGCGUGUAUUAUGCGCGCGGCUGGACGUCAGAAAGAAAGUGCCGAACCCCCACCUUUCACCUUUCAGCUUUCACCCCACCCAGCAAUUCUGGCCGGUUACCUAGUCUUAUAUCCAAGGCCAGGCACAGUCUCAUCUGGGGGGUGGACCUUGAACAACGAGGGCAGGGGACUGAAGCUGUCAUUCGAAAGUUCUUGAGCGCUUACUCUAUUCUCCCUUCACUGCAAAUCUCUCGGGCAUCUCAGUCACUCAGAAAAUCUUUGGAAUGGCAGCGAUUCAAUAGAGCAGAGACCAUGAAUGAAGCCUUGGCAAUUGUCAAGGAGUCAGGGAUUGCUCACAUUACACGCCGGCAAGGCAAGCUUGUUCUCUGGGUCAUCAUAGAUGAGCGCGUCAUCAAAGGUUUCGCAUCUUCGCACGAGGAUUUCAUGACUCGCAAAGGAUUGAUGCACCUGGGACUAGCAGUCAUGGAAAGCCUAGCCAAGCUGGAGAUUCAAGAGGCAUGCACCGGCGAACCUAUCAAUGACCAGGCCGCUGCUUGUGUGGUCGAAUUCAGACUGGCUCCAACACCUGCCGCUCAGCCACAGCGCAUGUCAACUCGUGACAUGAUCAUCCAGGAACUAAAUGAUCUUGUUUCAUCAAUAGAUCUGCAUUAUCCCUCUCUUCUGGAUAUCUUCUACGUGAUUAAUCCCUCGGAAGAAUAUCUUCUUACCCUUGACGUGCCUGAUAGGUUUCUGGCACAAACGACUCUUCUAUCCCAUCGCGUGGAUCUGGUACACUAUCUGGGGAAAGCCGUUCCAGUAGAGUAUGGUGGGGAGGGUGAAUCACUCUUCGAUGGAGACUACCCUGUUGGCACUGAACUAACCGAACAAAACCCGCAUGACACACAAGACGUCGAUUCUCAGACUGAUUCUGGUGUUGGCGCUGUACAAACGGCGCAGGUCAACGCCGAUAUCACCGGCUCAGACCCACGAGAAGCAAGACUGAUAUUCUCGGAGAAGAUCGGACCACCUACAAUCAUCCUAGACCCAGAGGAUCUCGAGUCAGCGACCGAGCUUUGUCCUGGAAAGAUGGGCGCUCGUAUAGUUUGGGCUGAUGACGAUAUGCUGGUCAAAUAUGGCCACGGCGUUCGUCUAGCUGAGGCUGAAGCAAUGCACCUGGUAUCCAGUAGAACCUCGAGACCCAUUCCCAAAUUAUUGAGCGCUUACAUACUUGACGGUGUCCGGCACAUCGUUAUGUCUCAUGAGGAGGGAGAGCCUUUGGACAAUUAUUGGGACCGUGCUUCUGAACCGCAACAGGAGAACGUUCUGCACCAGCUGCAAGACUACGUCACGCAAAUGAGGAGCAUCAUCGGGCGGUUCAUUGGCGGCAUUGACUCUUCCCCAUGUAGAGAUGGGAUCUUCGAAGGUGGCUAUGGAGAUUACGAGUCCUAUCGGUAUGGACCGUAUGCCUCCGAGCCCGAGUUCAAUGAGGGCGUGGUACAGGCGCUGAGGGAUCGCCUCCCACCGGACUCGCGGGAUGAAGUGAAUCGUCCGGACUCUGCGUUUUUUACUCGAGAAUAUAUCAUGUACCAGACUGUCAGAGGGUUGCGUGGACACUCCAUCGUUUUCACGCACGGAGACCUACAUCCCGGCAACUUGCUCGUUCGCACUGAUGGAGUGGUUUUUGUGCUCGACUGGGGCCUAGCUGGUUACUGGCCGGAAUACUGGGAGUUCUAUCGGGCAAUGUUCAAUCCACCCUGGCGCCCUGUCUGGGAUCGGGUGAUCGAAAAGUUCAUCCCACUGUACUAUGUUGAAUGCGAAAUUAUGAAGAAGGUGUUCGGUAUAGUGUGGAACUGACACAGCUGUUUAUAAACGCAAAGCACAC